CAUCACAACAUUUUGACCGGCCUCCCUGUACUGAGAAAAGUAUAAGACGUGUCCGAUUCAUUAAACCCCACAUUACUUGGUCAGAUAAAACCCCAUUAAUUACGUACAUCUUCUUCCUCGCCUUUGCCGCUGUUAUCUUUUUCUCUCUCGCACCAUGUCUCCUUCAUCUUCUUCUUCGUCUUCCCAACAAAGAACUAUGCGUAUAGGCAUAAUUGGAUUUGGUCCUUUCGCACAGUUUUUGACCAAAACCAUGAUAAAACAAGGCCAUAUAAUCAGGGCUACUUCUAGAUCAGAUUAUUCAGACUUGUGCGCAAAUUUGGGUAUCCUAUUCUUCAGGGAUAUGGGUGCAUUUCUUGAAUCAGACAAUGAGGUUAUUAUAAUUAGCACGUCGAUACUGUCUCUAUCACGAGUUGUAGAGUCCAUACCAUUCCAUUGUCUCAAGCGGCCUACACUUUUCGUUGAUGUACUCUCAGUUAAAGAACACCCAAAAGAUGUCCUUUUGCGAAUAUUGCCCGAGGAGUGCGACUUGCUGUGUACUCACCCAAUGUUUGGACCACAAAGUGGAAAAGAUGGAUGGACUGAUUUGACUUUUAUGUACGACAUGAUUCGAAUUAGAGAUAAAUCUCUGUGUUCCAGUUUUCUGCAAAUAUUCUCAAGUGAGGGGUGCAAAAUGCUGGAAAUGACUUGUGAAGAGCAUGACAAAUUGGCUGCUCGAAGUCAAUUUCUGACUCACACAAUUGGCAGGAUCUUAUCCGAAAUGGAGGUUGAACCCACCCCCAUAGACACGAAGGGAUUUCAGAAACUUGUUCAAGUGAAGGAGAGCUCAGUUAGAGAUAGUUUUGAUCUAUUCAGCGGGCUAUUCAUACACAAUAGGUUUGCCAGGCAACAGGUGCAGAUGAAAAAUUUAGAAGUAGCAGUGGAGAAAACUAAACAGAAGCUUGAAGAGAGGUCGAAGGAGCUGCAGGAUCCUAUCAUAUCUAAGUUCUAGUCUGCUGAAGGAUGCUAAUGAAUGGGAACUUUAUAACUCGCUUUCUUGGUCUUGUAAUGUUUCAUUUGUUGUAUCAUUAAGAUGAUUUUGGUUGCAUUGUUUACUAAAACAUUUCGUGAGAACUCAGUUUCGACAAUGUACUUCAAAAACGAAAGGCAUUUGGUUAAAAACUGACAAUAAAAAUGUUUCAUUGCCUUGUAUCAAGAUUAUCUUUGUUUGCAACUUUUACUAAAACAUUUCUUGAGAA